UGCAUCAGGUGUGGCUCUCGAGACAAUAAAAAUGUAUUUUCUAUAUUUCCUUUUAUUUUCGCCAUUCCACGUGCUCUGUGCUCCGCAAAAUGAAACUGUAAAUACAAAAGAUAGUCUCCUAGAAGCCGUACAUGUUGAGAAUUAUCCCAGAUAUGGAACGAAAAUUAGUAACAGACAAGUUUAUCAAUAUUCAAUAACAAAACCAAAAUCCAGCUAUGAUGGAGAAGAUAACAGCAAUGUAACUUAUCCAAUACAUUCAAGUAAUGUCAUUAUUCAGUAUAAUAAGAAUAAAGUGAUGCCUAAUACAAUGAGAAGAAAGAACACCAAUAAUUUUUUCCUGAAUGACGGAUACAAUAAAGAUGGACAAGUUUAUGAAGAUAGCGAAAUAUUAAACAAUAAAUCUAAUGUAAAUCUCAAUAAAUUUGUAAUUGGCAAUAAAGAUAUUGGUAAUACAGAAAUAACUAAAGAUAAUGACAUUUAUACUGCUUAUAAUGUUGUAAAUAUUUUGAAAAAUCAAACGGACAUGAAAGAUUAUUUUAUAUCUAAAAUGCUAAGCAAUUUUAAGUAUAAAGAUGAAAAUAAAAACACUAACCAAUCUUUAAAAGACAGUAACUUUUUUAAAGAAAUAGAUGAAUCAAGCAAACAGACUAUAAAAGGAUAUAAUCCUCUUUUAAACUAUUCAACGAUUAUUAUAAAGUCAAGUUAUGAUCCAAGAAAACAGGCAUAUAGCUUGCCCGGUACAAGUGGUAGUAUUGUACAAAAAAUAAAUUUUGGUAAUACCGUUAAUAAUAAAGAUAUUAACGUACAGUCAAAGCCCGAAACAUCAAAUGAAUUUGUUAAUAAUAUAAUACAAAUACUGCCCCAGAAAAGAGACUUAAAUGAUUCAAUUUCAAGACAUAAUUAUUAUAAAGUAAGAAUAUUUGAAAAUAAUUACAAUUCUCCUAAAAAUAACUCAAAUGCAGAAACUCUUGGCAAUAACGUCUAUAACAAAAUUUUAAUAAAGAAAAACAUUAAUCAUGCAACAGAAGAUAGAAAUAAUUCAAGACGAGACAAUUGGUCCGAUAUUAUUAGUAAUGUUUCAGUUGAAGUAACAAAUAAUGACAAUGAAAAUGAUGUUAUAGUAGAGUCAGAUGAAAUUUCUUCUGAAGGAAAUAAUUCUAAGUUAUCAAAUACAGAAAAAUCAAAUUACUACUUCCCAAAUUUUGAAAAAUACAAUUUAUCAGAAAUAAAAAGCACCAAAAUUCAUAACAAUCGCAAAGAAUUUGAGGAAAGUGUGAUAUAUUACUUAAAUAAUAGAAGAAAUGAUAAUACAGAGAAAAAUUCUAAAUAUGGUGUUUUAAGCCAUACUGAAUUUGAAAAUCAGUUAUAUAGGAAAAAUAGCACAGAUAAUGCUGAUUUAAAUAAAGGUCUCUACGGUAAAAUUGCAGAAGGGAAAAAGACAUUAGAUGAUGGUAAAAAUUCAACUUUUCAAAAAUUUAUAAUAAAUGAAUAUCUUUCUAUUUUAAAUAAUAACUCGACAAAGUCUGGAUUAAGUAAUUCACCAGGAAAUUCUGAAUUAUUAUUUAUCAAUAAUACUAACAAAAGUAUAAAGAAUAAGGUAGACUGGGAUGAAAUAAUAGAAGAUCAAAACACCAUUAAUAAGAAACAGUAUGCGAAUAGUUUUUCUGAAAAACCUAACACCAAUAUAAACAAUUUGACGUCUCUUACAAUAAAUACACAAAAGAUAUUGGAUUCUACACUGAACAAAGAUAUUAAUGGAAGCUUAAUAUCAAAAUCAUCAAGCGAAGAAUUGUUAGAAGGUAAAACACUUGAUACAGUGUAUAAAAAUGAAGGAGAUGAAAAAUCAUACAUUAAUAGCAAAGUAAACAGGAAUUCUUUAAUAUUUACUGAAAAGACCAAAAAUGAGCUUAAAAAUGAGAAUAAUAUGAAAAAAGGAAAUGACUUUUCUUCGGAAAAAUAUCAAAAUUCUAAAUUGAAUUCAAAGAUGGUUUUGACAGGUUAUCAAGAUAAGGAGUUUGCAUCGUUCUAUGAUUUGAUUUCAAAGAUGUCUAAAAUCGAUAAAAACAACUUGUUAGAAUAUUGGAAAAUGUUAGUAAAACUGUUAAAAUUACAGACAAAUAACACUAAAUGUGAUAAAAAUAAUUUAUACUUAAUUCUUAGAAUAUUAUCAAAAUUAAACGAAGCCAAACGUUUAGAUUUACCGAUAGAACUGAUUGUAGACAAUAUAGCAUAUAAAGUUCAAUCUUUGGUAAAACUAACGAAUCUUAACUCUGGUAAAAUGCAAGCUAGUAAUAUUAAAAAUAAUAAUAAUGUAAAUAUGUUCUAUAUUCCGAUCAAAUCUGAAUAUCCUAAAACGUCAGCACAGGUAUCUACCAGGGAAAAGGAAGUGAAAAUUUCUGAAAUAUUGCAUACUGCAUCGGCUAAGACUAAAAAUGUAUCUACAGAAAGAACUUUUCACUCAAAACUUACUGGCCUAGAAACAAACGUCGAAAAAACUUAUACAGAUAUUGCGGACUCGAAAACGAAUGACAAUCUAGAUUCUAUUACUGAAAAUACAAUAGUCAAAACUAAUUUAAAUCAACAAUCUCUCCCUUCAAAUUACAAAUUAAAACCAAUAGUUGAUGAAUUCAUUCAUCGUCAUUCUGUUACAGAGCAUCUUAGUCAAAAUAAUGUAAAUGCUAUGUUUACACCUGUAUACACAGAAAAUAAGUUUAAUCAACACAAAAUAAUUACAAAUGGUAAACAAUAUUUCAUAUCCACUCCAAAACCUGAAAAUUUUAGAUCAACUAAAGCAAAUCAAAAGUUAGAAAACUCGGAAUUAGAUACUAAUAUUGGAGAAUUUUCAUCAGUGUUGGACAUUGGGAAAAGUAAAGAAAACAAAGACAGUGAAGUACCAUAUAGUGAAAAUAAUCGAAGAAUGAUCAAUGAUGGAAAACCUGUACAUAUCCUUACUGAAUUUGGUAAGCCAAAAAACCUUAAUUAUUUUCAAGUUAACGUACAAAAAGAAAAUGCCGAUAUCAAUUCUCAAUCCAAUAAUGAUAAAAGUGUAGAGGUAAUAGAUUCAUUAAAGAACUUGCCUUGGUAUAAAUCUAAGACAACUGGCGUUUUUAACUACAUACCAUCUCCAUUUUUAAAUAAUCCAGUAUCGAUGCAAAGUUCCUUUAAAAAAUAUAACAGGAAACCAGAAGAAGACUCAGAAAACCGUGUAAAUUUUACAUCUUAUGUUACACCAAGUAUCCAAUAUGAGGAAGAUAAUAUUCAGAUGCAGUAUAUUUCAACGUCACCUAGUUUUGACCAUAAAUAUUUAUUGCGAAAACAAAAAAUAGCAACAAACAAUAAAGAUGGAUCGAAUACUUUGUAUCAACGAUUGUUAAAACCAAAGAUAAUAUCUCUUGGACAAUUCAAAACUUAUGACGAACAUGAUUCUGAUUUAGAAAAUAUUUUUUAUAACACUGUCAGCCAAGAAAAUUUUGGAAGAGUAAGAAAAAUUUACAAAAAUGCUUUAUAUACAGAAAUUUCAAGAAUUGAUUCUAGUACGCCACUGUCAUUACAAAAACACAAUAUUGGGCAAACUGAACAUUUUGAAGCAACUACGCACGCUGAUGAUAUUGAUAAGAAUUUCUUAAAUAAAUUUAAUGAUGUUAUUAAAGAUGAAUUAUCAAAAUUGAAAAUAUCAAAUCCGGAAACUGAAUCUAAAAACAUACGUUUUAAAAUAAGCCAUGAUCUUUACAAACCAGCUAUUAAAAAUUUUCACUUAGAAGACGGUAUUAACAGAGACAUCGAUAUAAUCUUUCGGAACACCAUGAAGUAUUUUCGAAAAUUAGGAAUGUCUGAAGGAUUAAUAUUUAAAAUUUUCACUGUAUUAUAUAAUUAUGUAUUGCCUGAAAUUAUUGAGAAGUCUGUACGUGAAUGCAAAGAAAAUACGUACAUCAAUAUAGAAGCAAGACUAAAACCUAUUAUCUCGUCACUAUUAAAGGAAUAUUUGCAAGAUAAAUAUUAAGAUUCUCGCAAACUAGCUAGUUAAAAUUUUGCAUUGGGUUUGCAAUAUUUAUAAUUUAAAUUUUUCAAUGUAUUGUCGUAAUAAGUAU